CAAUUUUUACGACAAAAGAAGACAGCUCAACUCCAACGAAGUCUCUGUUUACGAACUCGAAUUCGACCAUCAGUCACUUGACAAAAUUUCUAACCGGGCCUAGGCCCGUUGUACGCUACCAUAGCCCGUAGUACCCAAUUUGUAAAAUGACGACCACAUAUAAAACCGAGCACAGGCAGCUGGGCGACUGUCGAUGUGGAGAGAACGUUCGAACUCUCGAUUCUGGAUCGCCCUACGACUACUCAUUCCGAGGUAAUGUUACAUCCGACAAAUAUUCUCCAGGAGUCAGCAUUCCGGCUAACGCCACCUCCCUGUGGGAGCGAACUGCUCUGGGAAAGCAUCCGCUAUGUCCUCCAAUUCGUGCAACGCCGCAGAAAACAUUUCACAGCAAGUACACCAUGGCAGACUGGCAGCAAACAAAUUUCGAUAACCUCAACAACUCUGAGGGAGAUAGAAACGUAGGGGAGCACGUGCGGUGCGACGCCCUCCGUACCAUGAGAAAUACGACCUGUCUAACAACAUCUGGGCAGCGCGACUCGACCCAGCGACUUGGCGAGCGGCUAGGCGACGUCAGCUAUUGGCGGAACGAGGUAUUACACGAGCUGGAAAUGAACGUCAUCGAAACACAGAAAAUGGAGGAGACGAAGCGUCAGGCCGAAUGCUUGAAUCGGGAACUGGAGAAUCCCCUCAAAAUCGAUCAAGAAAGCUUAUACGCACGAGAGCAGCGGAUGGGCAUCGACCUAGUCCACGACUGCGUCGAGAUCGGCCUAAAUCGUGAGGUUGAGGUAAUCAAAUGCUUCCAAGAGCGAAUGUGCCGCCUACUGCAGCGGAUAGCGCAGACGCUUCAGGAGCUGCGAGACGCCCGGAACUGUCUAGAGCGCGACGCCCUGGACAAGUUCGCCACGAUCAACAUUGACAAGUACGCGCACGGCCUGAACAACAACUCUCCAGGCAUCGCCCUGUACCCGGGCAUCGAGCAGUGGGACAAGACGAUGAGCACACCCGAGUCCUGGCUGGACUUCACCAUCCGGCUGGUGCAGCGCUCACAGAACGCUCGCGCAGAGAGCUCGCGGCUGCGCGCUGAGGCUGAGAACCUGGUCAGUGCCUCUGUGGGCGAGCUGUGGCAGGCUUGGAACAACACCAACGAGGCGCUGGCGCAGCGCAUCCAGCAGACCACCGACAUGAAGAACAGAAUGCAGGCCGAGCUGUCGCGGCUGACCCAGGAACUGGCCGACCAGGAGAAGCACCGUCAGGCGCUGCAGAAGGCUCUCGGCGACAAGUGCCCGCCUCUGAAGGUGGCGCAUACGCGGCUAGAGCGGCGCACCCACCGGCCCUGUAUGGAGCUGUGUCGAGACAACGCCAUGAUCCGUCUACAGGGAGAGGUGCUAGACCUGUACGGCAGCAUCGACCAGCUGAAGCAGAAGUUGGCUGCCGUGGAGGCUACCAUCGCGGCGCUGCUAAGCAGAAAGAAUAGGAUGGAGGACGAACUGCAGAUCAAGACCAACUCGCUGCUGAUUGACCGGGAGCGCGUGCUAGGCGCGCGACGAGCGUUUCCCAUCACAUCUGUGGUCACAAAGUGCCAGUAGUCUGUCCGAUCCCUAACGUCCCUGUGCUGAUAAAUUGUCCGCGUGUGUGCAGAUGUCGUAUUAGUGCUCUGCCUCAGAGUUCCUACGGACUAGAGACUUCUGAGGCUGACGUCCUAAAUCAGAGUUGUUUCUUGUGGUCGGAACAGAAAUGACAUAAUAAAUUUAGCAACAGUAAUCUAAAAACCCAUCAAAACAGUAAAUGAAAAGUAAACAAAAAACUUAAAACAAA